AUGUCUGACUCGGAGUUGUCAGAAGCCUCGACUGGUUCGGUGCCGUCCGAUCGCGAGCUCGAAAAGAGCCUCCGGCAGGAAGUCACGAAGGCUCAUAAAGCCAGGCUCGAGUUCUCCGUGAAUGAUAUCCGCACGGCUUCAGAGCAGAGGCUCGGCCUUGAAAAGGACUACUUCCGAAACCAUGAAGUAUGGGCGAGGCGAAGCAAGGAGGUCAUCAAGGAUCAGAUGACCGCCCUUCCGGACGAUGAAACCUCCCCAACACAACCUGAAGAUGAAGCGCGCAAACAGCGCAAGCCCGCAACAAAAAAGCGUCGAUCUGUCGAACGGCAAACCACGUCUAGGAAGAAGCAGAAAAUCGUGGAAGAGGAGGACAACUCAGAAGAUGAAUCUUCGCCAUUGAGUGAGGUCGACUCAGAUCCUCCCAAGCUAAAGUCAAACUCCAAAAAGCGAAAUCCUCCGGCAAAACGUCAGACGACGAAGUCAAAGUCGAAUAGUAUGAAGACGAGAAAGAAUCUAUCCGAGGCCGGCGAUUCUGCCGAAGACCGUUCUGCGUCCGAGGCACCUGACGAGGCCGAUAAUAAAGAUGCGGAUUCAGACAGUGAAAUGUCGGUGCUGCUCGACGAAGAGCCCAAGCCAAAGAAGAAAAGAGAGGCGCCAAAAGGCAGGCAAAAGAAGCCUGCUGCCACAAAAGCGAAACCUGACGCAGAUCUUGAUCCCGAUCAGGCAGAGAUAAAACGGCUGCAAGGGUGGCUCGUCAAGUGUGGGAUCCGCAAGCUCUGGGGCAAGGAGCUCAAACCGUACGAGACAUCAAGGGCCAAGAUAAAGCACCUCAAGGACAUGUUGGCAGAUGUCGGAAUGACCGGUCGAUACUCUAUCGAAAAGGCUAAUCAGAUAAAGGAGGCCCGAGAAUUGGCGGCAGAUAUUGAGGCUGUUCAGGAAGGUGCCGAACGUUGGGGCGCCGGUGAGGAGGCUCAGAAUCAAGGGCGCCCUGCGAGAAGGCUGGUAAGAGGCGCAAAGAACUAUGAUUUCCUGAGUAGUGAUGGCGAAGAGACCGACUGA